AUUUCCCGCCUAAAUUCGAUCGCGCAGCUGUGGCGCAUGCAGAGACUGCGGGCUCUAAGCUGGAAACUGCAAAUAAGAUCAAAUCUAACAACAAAUGCAACGCACUAAAAGAUGGCUUAUUGAGUGCGGCAAUAGCAAGACUAUCCAUUACCAAGUGAAGGCGGCGCACAAGUGCCGUCCGUCAAGUGCAAUUCGAGCAAGCAAUUGUUUUUUUAUAUUUGUAUUCCGAGAUUGUUUUUUUUUUUCUGUGUCUUUGUAUUGAUUUGUGGAAUUUAGCGCGUAGAAAAUGUUCAUAGAGGAUCUGAAGAAUGAUUUUUACGGGCAGCUGAUUGGCAAACGCAUUCUGAUCGUUGUCAACUAUGACGUCGACGCGAUUUGCGCCAGCAAAAUACUGCAAUCGCUCUUCAAGUACGAUCACAUGCUGUACACCGUGGUGCCCAUAAUGGGUAUAACGGGUCUGUGUCGGGCCUAUUCCGAGCAUCAGGGCGAUGUGAAGUACGUGCUGCUGAUCAACUGCGGCGCCUGUGUGGACAUUGUGGAGUUGCUGAAGCCGGCGGAGGAUGUCACAUUCUUUAUAUGCGAUUCGCAUCGUCCGCUGGACGUGUGUAACAUUUACAGCGACCGGCAGGUGUGCAUUUUGGGUGAUCCAGCCCUGGAGGAGAAUAUACCAGCAUUUGAGACGAUAUUCUAUGAUUCCGAUGGGGACGAAGACAAUGAUAACGAUGACGACGAUGGCGCUGAGGAUGACAUAGAUGCAGACAGCGGCGCCGGCGAUUCUGAUAAUGAUGGCGGCAAUGCGGAAAAGCAGCGAGCACCCAAGCUGAGCCGUAUGGAGCGGCAUGAGCAACGCGUUAUGCGUCAGCGGGCAAGACGACAAUGGGAAUCGGACCGAGAUCGCAUCAUGUUCGACUAUACACAAUUUAGCUAUUAUGGCCGGUCGACGGCGUUGCAAAUCUUUGAGCUGGCCUGGAAGCUGUCCAAGGACAACAUGGAUCUGCUGUGGUGGGCCAUUGUAGGCAUCAGCGAGCAACUGCUGCUCGGCAAGAUCGAGAGCGGUGCCUACACCCUCGAACUGGAGCACAUACAGUCGCACGUGUCGCGUCUGACCAACAAGACAAACGAUCAACACACGAUGAGUGCUUCGAAGAUAUGCUUUGAGAACGAUCUGCACUUGGUCCUCUAUAGACACUGGACCGUCACAGAGUCCAUGCGGUACUCCCGCUAUGCCGCCUGUAAGAUGAAGCUAUGGACGUUGCGGGGCGAGAAGCGUCUGCACGAGUUGCUCGUUGAGAUGGGGCUGCCGCUGGUGCACGCCCGACAAUCGUACGGCGCAAUGGAUCUAAUCUUGCGCAAGGAAUUCUACUCCAUGGUGGAGAAGCUUGCCGACAAAUAUAGUAUACCGGACAUUGUCUAUGGCACCUUUACGCUCAGCUAUGGCUAUCGCAGUCGUUACGCUGCCGCCGACUAUGUCUAUGCGCUGCUGGCGAUACUGCAGUCGGUGAAGAAGCGAAACACACCAGAGGAUUGCUACAUGGAGGCAUCGGAUGCGUUGACGCGCCAGCACAAGCAGCUGCUCAUUGCAGGCAUCGAUAAUGCUAAGCUAUUGCAUGCGGCCAUCUUUCGGCAGGUGCAGAGCUGCCUGGAGGCGCAUCAGGUGCAUUCGACCGGCUCCUUUUUCUACUAUAUACUGCAGGAGGAGCACGCGUUCUUCUCGUAUCCAUAUGCGUUGGCCCUGCUGGCCAAGUUCGUGCUGCAUGGCCAUGUGGCAACGACGAGGGCGCGUCACGCAAUUGAUUUACCCCUGAUCGCCACAUGUCCGCUGGAUGCGACGCAGGGCAUGUGUCUGCUGGUUGGCAUUGCGCCUGUGCGCGAGGACUCGCCGAAGAACUUCUUUGGCAAGGCGUUCGAUCAGGCUGCACAGAAGAGCAAGGCCAGCCUGCUGCAGGACUUCUUUGAGCCGUCCAUCGUUCAACUGCGCCAAAGCGACUUGACCCGAUUUCUAGAUGCGUUGACCGUGCUCUUGACCUAAGUUCAAUACUCGCUAUACUCGCUUUUAGUUUAGUAUUUAAGUCAAUUAUCUACUAAUAAUCCAAUCAAACUUUUGCUUAUCGAGCCGAUCUAAUUUAACAUAAUCUUACUUAUAAGCGACAAUUCUUUUUAAUAUAAAAGCCUUAUUAUUUUUUGGACUACUAAUAGGAAAUGAUACAAAUUAUGCAGAUAUAAUUUAAGCUAUGCGAUUGUUUAACGCUUAAGGAAAUAUAGAAACUAAGAUAGUUUGAAGCAUUCGAUUGGAAAUUGUAUAAUACAGAUUCUAAAUACAUUAUUUUAUUUCAUGUGCUUGUCAUUAGAAUUGAAUGAUUUUUUAUUUCAUUUUAAAACGGAUCAAACUUUUGCUUAUCGAGCCGAUCUAAUUUAACAUAAUCUUAUUUAUAAGCGACAAUUCUUGUUAAUAUAAUAGCCUUAAUUUUUUUUGGACUACUAAUAGGAAAUGAUACAAAUUAUGCAGAUAUAAUUUAAGACAUGCGAUUGUUUAACGCUUAAGGAAAUAUAGAAACUAAGAUAGUUUGAAGCAUUCGAUUGGAAAUUGUAUAAUACAGAUUCUAAAUACAUUAUUUUAU